UCAACAUGUCGCAUCUCGCGCCCAAUGCAGCCCGUCAGGCACUGCGGCAAUGCAGUCGCCGUCUAUCGACAUCCACACACACCUUCGCCACACAAGCUCCCCGCGCGAGCAUUGCAUCGAGAGGCCGGAGAAAUUAUGUCUCCGGAUCAAGUCCAAAGAACGCCACUGUCAAUGUUGAGCAGACAAUAAGGGAGGACCAGAAGGCAUUUCUAGCAGAAACCGGAAUCAGACCGAAAGAUGCCACCCUGCCACACACUGGCAUGCCUGGGGAUGCAGCGAUGAGUCCGGCAGCUGCAAUUUUAAAGCAGGCCACUGUCAUGGACCAAGGAACUCGACCCAUAUAUCUUGACGCACAAGCGACAACACCCACAGAUCCACGAGUGUUGGAUGCUAUGCUUCCAUUCUUCACUGGCUUGUAUGGUAACCCACACUCGCGGACCCAUGCCUACGGCUGGGAAACAGAUAAAGCAGUGGAGGAAGCUCGGAAACAUAUCGCAGAUCUGAUCGGUGCCGACCCGAAGGAGAUCAUCUUCACCAGCGGUGCAACAGAGAGCAAUAACAUGAGCGUAAAGGGCGUCGCCCGUUUCUUCAAGAAGGGUGGCAAGAAGAAUCACAUCAUCACGGCACAAACCGAGCACAAGUGCGUGCUUGAUAGCUGUCGACAUUUGCAAGACGAGGGAUUUGAUGUCACGUAUCUGCCCGUGCAGUCGAAUGGUCUUGUCAGCAUGGAAGAGUUGGAGAAGUCAAUCAGGCCCGAGACCUGCCUUGUCUCGAUCAUGACUGUCAACAACGAGAUUGGUGUUGUGCAGCCUAUUGAAGAGAUCGGCAAGCUUUGCCGAAGCAAAAAGAUAUAUUUCCACACCGACGCAGCACAAGCUGUUGGAAAGAUUCCUCUCGAUGUCAACAAGAUGAAUAUUGACCUCAUGUCCAUCUCUGGCCACAAAAUCUACGGACCAAAGGGUAUCGGCGCAUGUUACGUGCGAAGACGGCCGCGUGUCAGAAUUGAUCCCAUCAUCUCUGGCGGUGGUCAGGAACGAGGACUUCGAUCCGGCACUCUAGCACCUCCGCUCAUCAUCGGCAUGGGUGAAGCUGCUAGACUAUGCAAAGAAGAGAUGGAGUACGACAGUAGACGCAUCGCAGCUCUCUCAAAGAAGCUCACUGACGGCUUACUCGCCAUGGAACACACAUCUCUCAACGGUGACCCCCGCCGACAUUACCCAGGCUGCGUCAACGUCUCAUUCGCCUAUGUAGAAGGUGAAUCUCUGCUGAUGGCACUGAAGGAUAUCGCACUCAGCUCUGGCUCGGCAUGCACAUCGGCUUCACUGGAGCCCUCAUACGUGCUUCGAGCAUUGGGUAACUCUGACGAAUCUGCACACAGCUCUAUCCGAUUCGGGAUCGGCCGCUUCACAACCGACGCAGAAAUCGACUAUGUUCUCGACGCCGUGAAGAACAGAGUUACUUUCUUGCGAGAGCUGAGUCCGCUGUGGGAGCUGGUGCAGGAAGGCGUGGAUUUGAACACUAUUGAGUGGUCGCAGCACUAGAUUGCAUGGAGAGAAGUCAUAGGCAUUGAAAUGAUAUCCAGUUUGUACAGUCUACGGCGCUACUCGGGUUGGUGAAGGGCGCUGGCGCUGGGAGAAGUACAUGAUCAUGACGACGUCACCAGAAGUAUCAGUAUGUAUAGUUUGUAAAGUAUGAGGGAAUGACAACCUUCUCCUG